AUGACAUUGAAGGCAAACACAAUCGCUGAUACCAAAAGCUCGUCGGUUGAGCAAAGCCCGAAUUUAACAAUCCAACCACCGCUGUCAAGAAGAGGCCAUGGCCCAGGGUUACUCCUCUUGCUCGACGCAGAGCUUGACCUUCGAAAACACGAAAGGACUUUAGACCCUCCGCCAUUGCAUAAGUGGGCGGAGGAAGGCUUCGCGGUUGCACAGCUAAGAAUCACCAAAUCCGAUGCGAUAUCGAUACGUGAUGGCAUACGCUCUGCACUUUCCGCGCUGCUUGAACUGCCAUCCUGCGACCAGGCUAAGAAGAUUGGAGUUAUUGCUUAUAUACCGCUGUUGGAAUCUCUCGUACUAGAAACGAUCGAGGCCCAGGAGGAGCUCUGCGCCGUCAUCUGCUAUGGGAUGCUUGGAACGGAUGUCUCUAGCAACUUACCGCUGCUAGCACACGUACCUGGACUUCCCGCGGGAGCUCAAGAGGACCGUAGCAAUGAGAAGAGAUAUUAUUACGAGAACGCCAAAUCUUUCUUCCCGAUUCCCGCGCAUCGGAAUUACCAUACUACCUCAGCUUCGGUGGCUCACACACGGUCGCUCGCAUUUAUGAAACCGCUCGUGGGGGGCCCCUAUUUCGACAUAGAGAAAGUAUGGGAGGAACAUACGUAUUGGGAAUUCCAAGCGCGAUCAGUUGAGGAGACGAUGGCGACCAUGGUCGAAGAGCCUUACGUGAACCAUGUCCCAACGCUCACGGGAGGGACUGGAAGACAAGCCCUGACGGAAUUUUACAGGGAAAAUUUCAUCUUCAGCAACCCACCUGACACGCAGCUAGAGCUCGUAAGCCGGACCGUGGGUAUCGACCGCGUAGUCGACGAAUUCGUCUUUAAGGCUACCCACGAUCGCGUAAUAAAUUGGCUCGUCCCUGGCGUACCGGCAACCGGCCGGUUUAUCAGCAUUCCGUUCACGAGCGUGGUAAACAUUCGCGGCGAUCGUCUCUACCACGAGCAUAUCAGCUGGGAUCAAGCGACCCUUCUAAGGCAGCUGGGCUUGCUUCCGGAGUAUCUUCCAUUUCCGUAUCCGAUAGCGUCGGAACCGGGAGCUCCUAAGACGAACCUGGAGUAUCGGCUCCCAGUUGCUGGGAUCGAAAGCGCGCAUAAGCUUGCAGACCAAAGCGCUGCCGAUUCGAACAAGAUGCUCCAUUACAAGUAUAGAAACUCGAGCGCAGGUUUGUAG